AACGGACGAAAUACUAUAAGCUUUGACAUUUGUACAUGUGCAAAGUUGAGUCAGCAAAAUAAUAUCAGUUUUAAAGACCAGACAAACCCGUCAAACGUCUUUCUCGUCUCGAUCCAUUAAUAUAACAAAGAGGAAGAGUAGUUUAUUUGGAUUUGGGUCAAGACUGUAGAUACAGAUCUUCCGCUUGAGCUCGUUCGCAAAAUGGAUAUCCAUGCUUCAAUUCACAGUCAAACAGAUUUUUCAGUUGGGUUUUCGAAGGAAGCGUUGGAGUUUAGUGCAGACAAGAAUGCUGUGUUUUCCCCGUUGAGCGUAUCAGUGGCAUUGAGCUUGGUUGCAGGUGGAGCAAAGGGUACAACUUUGGACCAGUUUUGCACUUGUCUCAAAUUCAAAGAUCCCCAUCAAUUGCACGAACUUUCUUCUCAGAUUAUCAAUGUAGUUCUUCCAGAUGGAAGUGCCAAUGGAGGUCCCUUUUUGUCCUUUGUAAAUGGGGUAUGGGUGGAUCAGUCCAUGACUUUAAAGCCCAGUUACAGAGAUCUUGUGAAGAAACAGUAUAACACAGAAGCUAGUUCGGUAGAUUUUAUCAAUAAGGCAAAUGAAGUUAGAGUGGUGGUGAAUAAAUGGGCGUCAGACGAGACCAAGGGCAAGAUAAACGAGUUGCUUCCAGCUGAUUCUAUAGAUAAAUCUACCAGGCUGAUUUUGGCAAAUGCCUUGUAUUUCAAGGGUGCAUGGCAGAAGCAAUUUGAUUCCUCGGCUACAAAGGAAGGCACUUUUAACUUGCUUAGUGGGGACAGCGUGCAAGUACCAAUGAUGACUUCUACAAAGAAACAAUAUAUUAAGACGUUUGGUAACUGCAAAAUUCUACGCCUUCCCUAUGUUCAGGGACAGGACACCCGGUCCUUUUCUAUGUACUUCAUCUUGCCUGAUGACAUCAAAGGCCUGCCUGAACUGGAGAAAAAAGUUGAUCUCAAUUUUCUUGAGAAUCAUCUAUCCAAAGGAUCUGAAGUGAAGGUAGGCGCUUUCAAGCUGCCUCGCUUCAAGAUAUCUUUCAGUGUUGAGGCAACUGAAAUCUUGAAAAAGAUGGGGUUGGAUUUGCCAUUUUCUAAUGUGGCAGAUUUUGCAGAAAUGGUGGAAUCAACUGCAGCUAAGUCUCUUAGCAUUUCAAAUGUUUUUCACCAGUCUUUUGUGGAGGUUAAUGAAGAGGGCACUGAAGCAGCAGCUGCUACUGCAGCCACUAUUCUCCUGAGGAGCAUACCAAUGGACCCUAUUGAGGACUUUGUUGCAGACCAUCCUUUCAUGUUUGUGAUCAAAGAAGAGCUAACCGGAGUUGUCCUGUUUGUCGGACACAUACUGAAUCCUUUGAACAGCUAAACUCAAUAGAAAUUUGCCAAGUUGUAAUUUUUGGGAGCAGAUUACAGAAGAUAUAAUAGGAAUUAUAGUAAUACUCAACAUAGCUAUUGAGAAAUAGCUUUGAUUAAAGUUAUUUUAUUGACUGGAUGCUAAUCCCAUAACCGAUCAUCACUGUUUUUAUCUGCUAUAUUUUGUGGCUUUUAGUAUGUACAAAACAUUGUGUUGUUUGGUCUUUCAGAUCUCGUUUCUUUUCCAACAAUACUAGUAGAAAGGUUAGUACUAUCUA